AUGACUCCGACGCCUGUCUUAAGCCAAACCAGCACUGGAUCCGCUAAUGUGGUGAACAAAGUCGUGGCCAAUGGGUUCUGGUGUCGGGAGCGGCCACCCCUGUCCCUACUGUGGUACAGCCAGUGCAUGGACUCACCGAUCGUGGGCUUCGAGAGACUGAAGUUGUCGUCGCAGCCCAAAGAGGAACCACUGCUUCGUGAGAACCCCUCGCGGUUUGUGGUCUUUCCCAUUGAAUACCCGGACAUUUGGCAGAUGUAUAAGAGAGCGGAGGCCUCCUUCUGGACCGUCGAGGAAGUGGAUUUGGGACGCGAUCUCAAGGACUGGAACCGCCUGAACAGCAAAGAGAAGCACUUCAUAUCACAUGUGUUGGCCUUCUUUGCCGCCAGCGAUGGCAUUGUCAACGAGAAUCUGGCCGAGCGGUUCAUACGUGAGGUACAGGUGACGGAAGCCCGUUGUUUCUACGGCUUCCAGAUCGCCAUCGAGAACGUCCACUCAGAGAUGUAUUCACUGCUCAUCAACACGUAUGUCACCGAUCGAGUGGAACGUGAAUUCCUAUUCAAUGCCAUCGAAACGCUUCCGUGCGUUAAGAAAAAGGCCGAGUGGGCGAUGGCGUGGACCUCCUCAGCGUCGGCCACGUUUGCCGAGCGAUUGGUGGCGUUCGCGGCCGUGGAGGGCAUCUUCUUCAGCGGUUCCUUUGCCUCCAUAUUCUGGCUCAAGAAGAGGGGUCUGAUGCCUGGCCUCACGUUCAGCAAUGAGCUGAUCAGUCGCGAUGAGGGCCUCCACUGCGACUUCGCGUGCCUACUGUUCCGCCAUAUCAUCAAU